AUGGAGAACGCACUAGCUCCAUUCGACGCCACGCUCGUGAACGCGUUGGCGGGUUUUGUUAUACCAGCCCUGCCGGACGUCACUAAGAUACCAGAGCCGUCCUGGGAGGGCUGGUCGCCGGUGCUGGAAGCGCUCGGAAUCGAGCGCAGCAACGUGCAGAGCGUCGCCCAUGCAGUGGAGCGCGCACAGCACACGCUCUCAGGCCUGUUGAGCGCGGCCCUGGUGGUGGAACAGCCAGCAGACCCCGUGCAGGCAGAGCAGCCAAAGGCGCAGCCGCAGGUCAACGGGCGCAACGGCUCGCGGAAACCCAGCGGCCCUCGACGCGGCAAGCAGGAGCAGCAGCAGGUGCCCUUGCAGGCUCAGGACUUACAGGUGUGGGCUCGGCGCAGGGGGGCGUCCACCCUGCACAAGCUGGUGGCGAAGCGGGCGCAGGCCCAGUGGUGGCAGCAGCAGCAGCAGCAGCAGCAGCAGCAGCAACAGCAACAGCACCCGUGGCAGUGGCGGACGGCAAGGCUACAGCAGCACGAGCAGCAGCAGCAGGCGGGCAAGGGCCGCCGUGGGAAGCAGCAGAACGGAAAGGCGCAGGAGGUGACUGCUCACUUACACAAUGGUGUGGAUUAUGCCAUGCCUGACGCAUCUGUGCAGCAGCAUGAGCAGCACCAGCAGCAGCAGCACCAGCAGCAGCAAGCCCACGAGCAGGAGCAGCAAAUGCAGGAGCCGCAGGGGCAGGCCGGCAACGGCGACCGCGCAGUGCACGCGGGUGUAGUCUUAGACGCGGCCGAGGCAGCCGCGGCCGCCGCUCAGCACGCCGAGUUGGCGCAACACGACCUGGCGGUGCCCCAGCUCGUGGACGAGCACGGCAACAUCCUGCAGCUGCUCGGCCCUGACGGCCUGCCGCUGCCGCCGGAGCAGGCUGCAGCCAUCGCUGCGCAGGCCAUCGCGGCGCACCAGGCGGCCGAGGCUGCGGAGGGCAGCGGCCAGGGCGGCACGCCCGCACCCGCCGCGGCCGCCGGCGGCAAGAGGGCCCGUGGCGGCGGCGGCGGCGGCGGGGAGGGCGGCAAGCGGCUGCGGCUAGCGGAGGGGCCGGUGCCGGUGCAGCUGGGCGGCGGCGACCUGCUGCAGAUGCUGCCGCUGCAGGUGCCCGGGGAGGAUGGUGAUGAUGAGGACGGCCUGCAGUCGCUGGUGCCCCUGCAGCUGAUGGACCACCAGGACAGCGGUGGCCUGCCGCUGCAGUUCCUGCCGGCGGCCAGCACCCGCGAGGCGAUCAUCAAGCAGGCGGCGGAGGGCCUGAAGUGGCUCAUGCACAGCAGCGAGGAGCUCUUGCGCAAGCGGCGGCAGCAGGCGCGGCGCGCGGAGCUGAACCAGCGGCGCGCGAUGCUGCUGCCCGGAGAGGCGCGGGCGCCGGCGCUCGGCGCGGACAGCGGCAGCGCCGGCGGCGGCGGCGGCGCGCUGGUGCCGCUGCUGCCGCAGGCCUCUGGCGUGUCGGCGGGCGCCCGCGGCUGCGGCGGCGACGGCGCGACGUCUGACGGGGAGGCGCUGUCGUCGGCGCUGCGGGAGGCGACGCCUGGGACGGGGGGCGGCGGCGGUGGUGGAGGGGGCGACCGCGGCGCGGCGGCGCUGCA